AUGCCAUAUGUCCCGGCCAUGGCUCUCUCGCGCUAUACCGAACACCAGCUCACACAUCUCCACCACGCGGAUAGCAUUACGAUUGAUCCGCACAAGUCUGGCUAUCUCAAUUACGCCGCCGGGGGACUAUGCUACCGGGAUGAGCGAACGAGAUACCUCAUCACUUGGACGAGCCCGAUCGUCUCCCACAAUCAUGAUCAAGUCGAGAAUAUGGGCGCUUACGGAGUUGAGGGAAGUAAGGCUGGCGCGACCGCAGCAGCUGUUUGGUUGACGCACAAAACAAUUGGCCUUCAUCAGCUAGGAUAUGGCCGGCUGCUAGGUGAAGCCCUUUUUACCUCUACCAAGGUAGGUUGUAGUAUAGACGUAAGCGCCCUUCCCCUGAUGAUCUACAUCUUAACGUUCUUUCGCGAUUAUAAGCUUUAUUGCCACUGGGCAACCAUGACGGACUCGGAUGACGACCUGAUUGUAGUUCCAUUCGUUCAACUCCCCAGCGAGCGGAUGGGCAAAGGCAGGGAGAUAGUUGAAGCAGACAAGCAGAGAAUACGGGAUGAGAUUCUCGGGCCGACCAACGAGCAGAUUUACGAGAACAAGGACUCGUGGGAUCUCAUGUCGGAGCUUGGCGGAGACUUGAUGAUUAACGCGUUCGCGUGCAACUUCAAGAUUCACGGCAAGCCAAACACAAACGUAGGAGAGGCCAACUACCUUAACCAGCGUAUAUUUUCUCGACUCUCCAUCUCCUCCAUCAAAGACACGAUAGCGGACAAGCCUAUGAUACUAACCUCGUCCGUUUUUGCCGAAGAGGCGUACGGAAGGUGUUUACAAACCUUUAAAAAGCGCCUACGGCUCUCGGAUGGCCAAGAAGCCACCCGCGGUGACCUGAGAUUCCUGGUCAAUGUGACAAUGUGCCCGUGGACCUCAGAUGGGCCGUUCCUGAACAACUUAGUAUCUUCGUUUCGACAUGUUGCCAUGGAGGAGAUCAAGCGCUGCAAGAUCCGCAAUGAAGUCAAGCCAGGUUUACACGCUUUCGUUAUGCAGGGCCUCGACAACAUCUUCCUUGUCCACCUACCAAUGUUCAAGGCGCUCCGCGCACAACACCCUACCAAGCUGUACACCAUGUCGAACGGGAACCUGGCUAACCUUGACGACAUGAUUAAGCCUGACUCAGACCUUGACUGGCGCAUGAUGGAGGGAAUUCCCGGGAAACCAGGCGCUCAACUAAUCACGACUUUCAGACUAUCCAACAUCCAUGUUGUUGUCAAAGAAUCUUUAUCAUCUGGUGCACUGCACUCGCAUUAUCCCGACCGAAUGCCAUUCUAUCUUUACGGCUCCCAGAACGAGCUACACCUUGACCAUAUCUUGACCAUGCCUCCAAAUAUUCAGCUCACGGCUGACCGCAUCCAGGCGGAACUGACUCCGCCACUGAGCGAGAAACAAUUGAGAAACGGCGUUGUCGCGGUGUUUGAGGACAUGUUUGAGAAGAGCUUUCAACCAUUGCCACUCGUCGCUUCGCUUUGCUCCUUUCGAGCAAACAACCAUCGAGGCGGAGCCCCAUCUAAGCGACGGCAAGUCGACGUUUUCGGCCAUCUCCAAAGUUACGUCUGGCUCGUCACCCUGCGCGGCGAGUUGUGCCUAUCACCGAAAAAGGAUGGCGCAAAGCGCGUGCUCGACGUCGGAACCGGCACAGGUGUUUGGGCAAUCGACUAUGCCGAUGCCCAUCCGGAAGCCCAGGGCACCCCCAACUGUUCGUUCGAAGUCGACGAUGUUGAAAAAGAUUGGACUUGGGAGAAGCCCUUUGACUUCAUCUUUGGCCGCGUUCUCGCAGGCUGCUUUUCCGAUUAUCAGGCCUUUAUCGACAAGGCUUUUGCGGCCUUGGAGCCAGGCGGUUACCUCGAGCUCCAGGACGUCUACACGCCCUGGACCUCGGACGACGAGACUUUGAGCAAGGACUCUUCUAUGUACAAGAUCGGCGCCGAAUGUGGCGAGGCGAGCAGGAUCCUUGGCCGACCGCUCGACCAGUGCGCCAAGUACAAAGAAUACCUCGCCAACGCAGGGUUCGUCGAUAUCGUGGAAAGGAAAUUCAAGUGGCCGCUGGGCGUGUGGCCCCGGGACAAAUACUACAAGGAUAUCGGACAGCUCUACUUUGACAACAUCGAGGCAAACCUUGAGGGCUUGUCAAUGGCUCUCCUGCAUAGAGCGCUGGGCUGGACGGCUGAAGAGGUUCAGACGCUCUGCGCAGGUGCGCGGGAAGAGCUGAGAUUGGGAUUCAUCCACGCGUACACUCCAGUGUAA